UAAAAUUUUCAAUAAAAGCGGGUCCUACAGUUAUGAAUCUUAUGAUGACUGGAUAAACUUAUCGAUUUAUUUAACAAAAUGCCCACAGAGAUUACCCGGGGCUUCCUUUUUUUUUUUUUUACCAUUAACACAAAUAGAGGACAAAAUUUUGCCUGUAAUUUCACUUCACUUCAAUUAAGGUCUAUUCAGUUCAUUUUUGCUUAAUUCAAUUCACCUCUAAUCACUUUGUUCAUUUCAAUUUAAUUCAAUUCACCUCGAAUUACUUCGGAACAGGCCCUCAGCCAAAGUUUCAUCCGAACUCCCCUAGGCGCCCGGCACUACUAGCCUACUAUUCUGAUUCAACCGCGGGUUCCCCCUCUCUCUCCUCUCUUUCAUCUCAUUCCAUCCAAAAACCACCGUCUUCAUUGCCGUCGACAACCUACCAUCACCUCUUCAUUGCUUUCACCGCCACUUCCACCACUUACAUUUGCUUUGGAUUUAAAUAUGGCGUCAACUGGUCAGCCACCAUCAUCGCUGAAAAAACGCGAUUCUCCAGCCACAAGAGAAGGAGAUCAACUUAUUAUAACCCCAUUAGGUGCUGGAAGUGAAGUGGGACGAUCUUGUGUUUAUAUGUCCUACAAAGGGAAGACUGUAAUGUUUGACUGUGGCAUUCACCCUGCAUAUUCUGGAAUGGCUGCUUUGCCUUACUUUGAUGAAAUUGAUCCUUCAACAAUUGACGUCCUUCUGAUUACUCACUUUCACUUGGAUCAUGCUGCAUCUCUUCCAUAUUUCUUGGAAAAGACUACAUUUAAAGGCAAAGUUUAUAUGACUCAUGCAACUAAAGCUAUCUACAGACUUCUUUUGUCUGAUUAUGUCAAAGUCAGCAAAGUUUCAGUUGAAGACAUGCUGUUUGAUGAGCAAGAUAUUCUUCGUUCUAUGGACAGAAUUGAGGUUAUUGAUUUUCAUCAAACUUUAGAAGUAAAUGGAAUUCGUUUCUGGUGUUAUACUGCCGGUCAUGUCCUUGGUGCAGCCAUGUUCAUGGUGGACAUUGCCGGAGUGAGAGUGCUUUAUACUGGUGAUUAUUCCCGUGAAGAAGACAGACAUUUACGUUGUGCUGAGACUCCUGAGUUCUCUCCUGACAUAUGUAUAAUUGAAUCCACUUAUGGUAUUCAGCUACAUCAACCUAGGCACAUGAGAGAGAAACGCUUCACUGAUGUUAUUCACUCUACUGUUGCCCAAGGGGGCCGUGUUCUUAUUCCGGCAUUUGCUCUUGGUCGUGCUCAAGAACUGUUAUUAAUUCUUGAUGAGUAUUGGUCGAAUCACCCUGAGCUUCACAACAUCCCCAUAUAUUAUGCUUCUCCUCUUGCAAAAAGAUGCAUGGCUGUCUAUCAGACCUACAUAAAUGCUAUGAAUGACAGGAUCCGCAGCCAAUUUGAAAGUUCAAACCCCUUUGACUUCAAGCACAUAUCUCCACUGAAGAGCAUUGAGAACUUUGAUGAUGUCGGUCCCUCAGUGGUGAUGGCAAGUCCAGGUGGGCUUCAGAGUGGGCUGUCCAGACAGCUUUUUGACAAGUGGUGUACAGACAAGAAAAAUACAUGUGUCAUUCCUGGGUAUGUAGUUGAAGGGACGUUGGCCAAAACCAUCUUAAACGAACCAAAGGAAGUGACCCUGAUGAACGGUCUUGCUGCUCCUCUUAAUAUGCAGGUCCGUUACAUAUCCUUCUCUGCUCAUGCUGAUUAUUCUGAAACAAGUGCUUUCCUUAAAGAGCUUAUGCCUCCCAACAUAAUACUUGUUCAUGGAGAGGCUACUCAAAUGGGAAGGCUUAAACAGAGUCUCAUCGACUUGUUUUCUGAUCAGAAUACCAAAAUUAUGUCUCCUAAGAACUGCCAGUCUGUUGAAAUGUAUUUUAGUUCUGAAAAAAUGGCAAAAACCAUAGGAAGGGUCGCUGAGAAAACCCCUGAAGUUGGUGAAACUGUGAGUGGUUUAUUGGUGAAGAAAGGCUUCACUUACCAGAUUAUGGCCCCAGAAGAUCUUCACUUAUUUUCUCAGCUAUGCACAGCUAAUGUUAACCAACGGAUUACCAUUCCUUAUUCUGGUGCAUUUGGUGUUUUGAAGCACAGAUUAAAGCAGAUAUAUGAGAGUGUUGAAUCUGGGGUUGAUGAAGAUUCUAAUGUUCCAACAUUGCGGGUACAUGAUUCUGUUACUAUAAAGCAGGAGUCAGAAAAGCAUGUAUCCCUCCAUUGGUCAGCUGAUCCAAUCUGCGACAUGGUUUCAGAUUCAAUAGUGGCUAUGGUUCUAAAUUUGAGCAAAGAGAUGCCAAAAGUAGUGGUUGAUUCAGAGUCUGAAAAAACUCAAGAAAGUCAGGAGAAGAUGCAGAAGGUUGCCCAUGCACUUCUGGUAUCACUGUUUGGAGAUGUGAAGUUAGGUGAAGAUGGGAGAUUGGUGAUCACUGUUGACAACAACGUGGCUUAUCUUGACAAACAGAGUGGUGAUGUUGAGAGUGAGAAUGAAGGGCUGAAGGAAAGAGUUAGAACAGCAUUCCGACGUAUCCAUAGUGCUGUUAAGCCUAUUCCUCUUCCUGCUGCGUAGCUAACUACUAACACCUAGACUUUUUUUAUUUUAAUUUGAGAAGUCAAUAGUGGUAUACAGGUUAGAGUAUUUAUGGUGAGUCUGUAUCUUGUUUGAUCUUAACUUUGUUCUGGACAGAUUAAAUGUCCAUUGUUGUACAUUUUAUCUACCAAUGCAGUUUGUUUUGCCCCUCUUUUUGUUAAUUUAAUGAAAAGGAUUUACAGUUCACCUCA